GGCCCCGCCUCCCUCCCCCAAUGUGGGGGAAAGGUCGGCAGUUGCAGCCCGAGCUGGAUUAAGGCUUGAGGGAUCGGCACCAUGGAGGUUGAGGAAAUUAGGGAGCUUGAGGAGAAGGCGCCCAUCAGCCCCUUGAAGAACUUCCUGGCUGGAGGCUUCGGCGGCAUGUGCCUGGUGUUUGUGGGUCACCCGCUGGACACAGUGAAGGUAAGACUCCAGACUCAGCCAAAGAGUCAGCUAGGACAACCUUCCCUCUACUCUGGGACCUUUGACUGUUUCAGAAAGACACUUGUUAAAGAGGGCAUUCAAGGCUUGUACCGUGGAAUGGCCGCUCCUAUUAUUGGUGUCACGCCCAUGUUUGCUGUAUGCUUCUUUGGCUUUGGAUUGGGGAAAAAACUACAACAGAAGAACCCAGAUGAUGUAUUGACUUAUCCUCAGCUAUUUGCAGCUGGGAUGUUAUCUGGUGUAUUCACAACAGGAAUUAUGACCCCUGGAGAAAGAAUCAAAUGUCUGUUACAGAUUCAAGCUUCUUCAGGAGAAACAAAAUAUGCUGGUGCUUUGGACUGUGCCAAAAAAGUGUAUCAGGAAUCUGGAAUAAGAGGCAUUUACAAAGGAACUAUGCUUACACUCUUGCGAGAUGUUCCUGCCAGUGGGAUGUACUUCAUGACUUAUGAAUGGCUGAAAAAUCUCUUAACCCCAGAAGGCAAAAGUGUUAAUGAGCUCAGUGUCCCUCAAAUUUUGUUUGCUGGAGGUGCUGCAGGAAUCUUCAACUGGGUUGUGGCUAUCCCUCCAGAUGUGCUGAAGUCUCGCUUCCAAACCGCCCCACCUGGAAAAUACCCUAAUGGAUUCCAAGAUGUACUGAGAGAGCUGAUCCGAGAAGAGGGUAUCACAUCCCUGUAUAAAGGUUUUACAGCUGUAAUGAUCCGUGCCUUCCCAGCAAAUGCUGCCUGUUUCCUUGGCUUUGAAGUUGCCUUGAAGUUCCUUAAUUGGAUUGCACCUAAUUUGUGAAACACCGAAAUAUUAAGCCCUCCUGACAAAGGGAGGAAGAAUACAAAGACAAGGGAAGGGAUAGUACUGAACUCAGCUUGGCAAGAGACUACAUAUUGGGGGAGGAGGGAAAUGAAGAAAUAACAGCACUUAAUGAACUUUGUAUAACUUUUGCCUUAAAUACUUCUUUUGGCUGGUACAGUGUGUGCCAUUUUGAAACUUGAAUUUAAUCUUGAUGAUUUAAGGAGAUUUCAUAAGGCUUUGGAAGUUGAAGUCAAUAACUAGCUUCAAAACUAAAUCUAUUUUGUACCUAUGCCAUCACUAUCCAGCUCUAAUAAGCCUGCUACUUAGGCCCUAUUCCUCAAUUCUAGGACUGUGAAUCCCACUAACAGUACCAGAGACAUAUUUUAAUACCAAUUAACCUUCAGUGGAGAGACUGUUCAAGCUGCAGUCGAUGAGCACUUAAUUCUCAGGACACCUUUUAACCUUGGGUUGCACAUGUUGGAAUGUGGAAAUAGUUUACUGUCUCCAUUUGUGCUGUCUUUGGAUGUGUGUAUAAGACUAUAUCACUAGCUUGUCAAUGUUUGGGUUUUAUAAUUCUGUGUUUUACUAGUUGAGAAAUGGAAUAAGAUAGUCUAAUUCUGGUAGGAUUGUGUGGGAGAGUGCCCUCUUUCCCACCCAACUCACCCUAUGAGUAGGACAAUUUUGAAUCAACAUUUGAAUUGUGGAAUUAAUGAGAAUAAAUUAAGUAUGUGGGAGAACCCCUUCUGUACACUUUCUUCUGUGAUGAGGGGAUCCUCUUUUAUCAGGAAAAAAUAAAUAACCAUAUUUUCCUCUGUGA